AUGUCGAAAUCUAAAACUUUCGGAAAUUAUUUUAAUCAUUUAAUAGAAUAUCAGAAUCAAUUAUUGCCGGACAAUAAAUUGAUAAGAGAUUAUGUCAUAAUAUAUGAUUAUUUAAUGGAUAUAUUGGAAAAAGAUGAAAUAGUUGCUAAAUUUCUUGUUCGUAAAAAACAACAGACUUCCAGUAUCAAUGCUGACAUUUUACUUGACCUUACAAAUCUCUUUAAUACACGUUCUUACGUCCAUGAACCAUUUUUAUGUUUAACCCUUGAAGGUCGUGACAAUAAACUUUUUGAACACAUUCUACAUCCUUUUUGCAAUAAAAAGCGAUCCAUAGUUUCGCGAUAUAUUACAAAAAGAAUUUGGAUGGCAUUAAAUCAAGGUCUAACGUAUAUCGGGGCAUUUGUACGAGGCUACCAGGGAGAUAUUUAUGAAUUAUCAUUGUCUUCAAGAAAUUACAGCGACUGCUACGUACGCAUAAAUGCGUACAACGAUGACGUCAGUUUGAACAUUUGUCUGCGAAUAUUGAUUAAAUAUUUACAAAAUCCGAAUAGUGAACAUUAUCUAGCGAAACCGUAUCCGGUGCACGAACUUAACAGGGAAUGGUUGGCUUUAGUGCCCAGACGUUCAUGUUCCAUGUUUGAGGUUUGCUUGCCGAAAUUGGAGAAUGAAAUAAAACAAUUGUGUUUCAAAUUAGUCAUGAUUUUGCGUCUGUUUCGAUUCCUGUUUGAAAAACAUAAACAACUUUAUCGUUUAGACACUGGAUUUCUCGAGUCGAUUGUUUAUAGCGAAUACAUGUACAAUAUACGAGGUGGAACAAAAGAUUCGCAGGGCUAUGACUAUUUUUUUAAGAAUGUGCAAACACGCAUUAACGAUGCAUUGAAAAAUAAAAAAUAUCCUUACUUUUGGAAUGAGCGUUUAAAUCUAAUCAAAUAUUUUGACAAUAACUGUUUAGUAACAACCUUGUUACAUGAUUUUAAUAUAAUUUUUAAACAGUUCAACAAUAUGAAGAAAAAAGAUUCCUUAAAAUAUGAAGAAUUUUUUGAAUUUUUUGAUUUUAAAAUGGAACCCUUUUCAUAUGAAGUUGAUCAAUUUGGUAUUUUUAAAUCCUAUUAA